AUGGUGAUAUUCAGAACCCCGGAAAGCAAGAAGAGAGAGUCUGAAAGACCAACCACGGCUGUGCGCACCACACCUUCAUCACCUCGCGGAGACUGCUGUCACCGAAUUGGGCGACACGACUUCGAUUUCAUCACCUCAACAUACAAUCUCGGUCUCGGUGGGAACAUUUCAAAUCUCCUCGCCACGAUGCUCGUCUACCACGGCCUCAUAUCGAACGGCAGCGCUACUGGUAUUCAGUCCGUUCUGGCAAUUCUCCCCGCGCGGACUGAAACCGGGUCACGGUGUGUCAUUCUAUGGCACAGUGGUAGCCACACGCCAUCCGGCCCCGAAGUUGAUACGAACCCAGGCGGUUUUGGGAGGUUUGACACCAUUCUCGACGAAGUUGAGAAUGAUGGCGAUGAUAUCGUUUUCAGGUCUGGCGAGCCGUACAGCUUGAAGAUGCGUUUUUCUGAGGACCAAGAGAAGUUAGACUUGAGCUUCCAACCAAUGGUCCGACAGAAGACGACUGCCUGCUUAUCAAUGGGCCUUGUUUUGCGCUGCCCGCCCUCGCACAAUUCUUGGGUAGAAUAUGCCCCUGCGAUCUUCUGGGGCCCAAUCAUGACAAAAGACGAAUACCAUGGCAGGAUUAUAGUAUUUGUGCUGUGCUUGAAAGACGAAAAUGGGAGCUCAAGCCCUGUUGCCGCGUUCAUCACCUGGAAUGCCGAAACCGCCAUGUUUGCGACUUCAGCCGAAGACUUUAUCAAGGAGGAAUCACGCUUUACAUUGAGCAAUCAGCGCUAUCUGUUUCGCGGGGAGGUGGAAUAUCAUGAACACGCGUCGCCGCAGCUGCUACUUCAGCUUGCCUCGAGCGCUCCAGGUCCAGACCAAUGGGUAACGACUCAAUCCCUUCCUGCUCUUGACAACCACUGCGCAUUGAUAGCGGGACUGGGAUCUUCAAAUUGGAGUGACACGGUUCAAGUUACAAACGACACGUGGGAAUUUGUCGUCUGCACGAUUGAAAAGAGUGACCCCAACAACGAGGCCUAUACCAAAGGCAUGGCCGCUGGAGGCCUCUUCUUGGCUGUCCUUGGUGUGCUUGCCUGUGCCGCCCCACCGGCGGCUGGAAUGGUGGUUGGGAUUGCAGGGCUGCUCCUGGCGGGUCAAUCAGCAUACGAUACCUUUUCUGAGCAAACCGGCCAAGCUACAAGCAGGGUUCUGUACAGCUCCGAUCAAGCGACUCGGAGCCGCAAAGGGAGUGAUGAUAGUGAUAUCAUCAUUUUUCGAGUCCACAUGAAGGAAAAUCAGCUCAAAAUCACUCGAUAUGUCGUUCCAAAAGUGAAAGAGAACUGGUAUUUCAUUUCCGAUAUAUUUGAUAACAAACUCAAAAACGAGACUCCGCAGGUGAAAGACUGGUUUACCUUUCCGUUUGAGGAGCCCCAUACCCUGGUUUCUCGCCGCUAUUUGACUAUCCCAAACAUGAGGCCAACCGCCGAUCAGGGUUCACCAACACCCCCAAAGAAGGUGCCCGACUCAGGAGCUGGUAUACACUAUAACUAUGAAGGGGGAUUUGAACGGUAUUACGCCGUGGAUGAAAAACAUCCAAAACUCAAUCUCUUUAAGAACUUUGAGCGCCACCCAGGCUACACGGCAAUUGUUCAAGGCGAUAGCGAGGAACUCAACUCUAGGAUGACUGUGCGCCAUAUGCAAAAUAGUGCACAGAGCCCGAUACUGGAGAUGAAGCACUGGAAACCUGUAAACUACCGGAAAUAUAAGAUUGGAAUGGCUGAGACAGGUAUCAAUUAUGAUGUGCUGAAGCUGAUUCACGCCGAUUAUCAGAAAAGCUAUACGGCGGGGUAUCUGUGGGAUUGCACGGAAGCUGGUGCCUAUGGAGCAGUCUAUCGCCUUUCUUUCCAGGCUGGCCCCAAUGUCAGGUCGCGACUAUCGACGCACAUCUUUAUGGGCAUAUGCUUCAAACUGGUGAUACUGGAGCAUAAUUCCAUUAUGAUCAAGCGAAAACUAGAAUUGGCAUCAUUAGAGCCUGCUAUCCGACAACCUCGAUGCUGUCAUGUCGGCUUAGCUUAUUGUGCUGAAUGGCUACUGCUCUGGACACUGUACACAUUGAAAACUGUGAUUACUUCUUCCAUGGAGGUCAAACAGACGCUCAAGCCUCAAGAGACAAGGGUCAAGGGUCCGACGGUUACGAUCGAGAAGCAACUUCGAAAUGACUACAAGCUACACGCCAGCACGAUUAUGUCCCCUUGGACGAAGAAAAUUUUCCUUGCCCUCUUCUAUCAUUUAAUAGAUCAGGGCAUAAACACUCCAUAUGCCGUUGGAAAAUUCGCAUCUUUCUCGCAAGCGCCGACGCCUGGAUCAUCCGUCUAA